AUGUUUCUCUUUCCAUUUAUUCGUUACGAAUAUUGCAUAUUUCUUCUUCUUUUCUGUUUGACUACAUUUUUUUUCUUCUACAUUUUUAUUUUUGCCAUUCCACUUUUUGCUUUCGCCAUUAGUUUUCCCCCUUUUUUUCUGUUUGUUGUUCGUAUUUUAAUUUUUUUUAUGUAUUAUUUUGCAGUUUUAUUUUUUUUUUUUUACAAUUUUUCUUUUAAACAGUUCUUCUUCUUCUUCUUCUUCUUCUUCUUCUUCUUCUUCUUCUUCUUUUCUCUGUUCUAUUCAUUUUUCUUUCUUAUUACCUCUUUUAUUUCUAGCUCUUUUUCGGAUUCUCCUUCUUCUUUUCUUUUCUCUUUCCGCUUCAUUUCAUAUUCCUUUUCUUCUUUUACAAUUUUUUUUCUUUUUACACUCUUUCCAGAUUGUUCUUCUUUUCUUUUCUCUUUCCUCUUCAUUUUAUAUUCCUUUUCUUCUUUUAAUUUUUUUUUAUAUUUUAAAUUCGUUCUGAUUUUCUUCUUCUUCUUUUUCUUCUUCUUCUUCUUCUUCUUCUUCUUCUUCUUCUUCUUCUUCUUCUAUUCUAAACAUUUUUCUUCCUUAUUCAUUCUUUUUUUCUGUCUCUAUCCGGAUUCUUCUUCUUCUAGUUUUCUUUUCCCUUUCCCUAAUCACUUCCUAUUCUUUUUUAUCUUUUUAUCUAUUUCUUAUAUUUCAUAUUCAAUCUGA